AUGACAAAUAACGAAAAUAAGAACAACAACAACAACAACGUCCCAUCAUGGAUCAAUGUGAAACUUUUUGAAAAUGCUUUACGUGAAGCCGUUGGAGAUUACAAAGCAAUUGAAAAUUUUAAAGUUGCCAAUGCUUUGGGACCUGGAGAAAAUUUUGCCACCCUAAUGUUAAGGGUACGAGUUGAACUUCUAUUAUCAGAUGAUAGCCAUCAAGUGAAAAAUUUCAUGAUGAAAGUGGCCUUAGACAAUGAGUUGUAUCGCGAACAUAUGUCCAAAUGGGAAAUGUUCAAAAAAGAGGCGGGCAUGUAUCGUGAUAUUGUACCUGAACUGGAGGAGAUGUACAGGAGGCGGGGAUGUGGAAAUUUAUCGGAAAGAGGUUUUCGAAAUGUUAAACGGCAAGAUGGUUUAGAUAUGAUGCACACGAAAUGUGUUCUGCGUAAGAUAGCCCAAUGGCAUGCAGCCACAGCCGUUAGAGUCUUGGAAAAGGGUCCAUAUGAUGAACAAUAUUUGGAUGGGUUUUUUACUGAAGAUUCUCGGGAAUUCUGCGAUCAAAUGUUUAAGGGCACCCUUAAACAUGUUUUGGCUGCUGCAAGGAAACUACCCAAUCAUGAGGAAUAUUAUGGACAGAUAGAAUCGUUAUUUUCGCAUUUUACAGAUACCAUGUAUUCCCAACUUGUUAGUGGAGAGAAUUCAGGAGAUGAAUUUAUUGCCCUCAAUCAUGGAGAUUUUUGGUGUAAUAAUAUUAUGUUUCAAUAUGACGAUGAUAAUUCCGCACCCAAGGAAACAUAUUUUGUAGACUUGCAAAUGCCACGAUAUGGCCCCGUGGCUCAAGAUUUACUCUACUUCAUUUUAUCCUCGACUCAAGCUGACCUGAAAGUUCAACAUUUUGAUGAAUUAAUUCAAUAUUAUUAUGAACAUUUAAUUGAAAGCCUUAAAUUGUUAGAGUACUCCAAGCCACUUCCGAAAUUGAGAGAUAUUCACGACCAGAAAAACCGACAA